UUUACUCUUGUCUCCACAAGAUGGCUCCAUGAACAUUUCUUUGGGUAUCCUAUGAGAAAUAAAAUUAACUGUACUUGUAGGUCACUGCAAAUUAGAUGCAAUAUGUAAACUCUUGAAAAAGAAUACUUUAAGUCUAACUUUAAAGCUAGCUUGUAAUAAACAUAUAAUGGAUAAAUGACAUGACAAAAAAGCUAAUUUUAUUUGUAGUCUUCCACGUCAUUUCCUUUGCUUUGAUUGGGAAACUACUUAUUAAGUGUAGUACAAUUCAGUUAAACAUAAUUAAGACAUCAAAAUCAAAUGUUAAGAAAAGCAAAAUAUAGUAGUAUAAUUUGAAAGAGAAUGCUACAAGCAGUGAUUCAAAUGAACAAAACAAACCCCUGAGAAGGUAUCUUCUAAUAUCUUUGAGAGGGUGGACUGAAAUACCUAGUGGGAGCAACCCCACAGGGCACCAGAGAAAAAGUUUAUUUACUCGCUCCUUUGAGGGAUGGUCUUGGAAGUUCUUAAAAGAAGGUUGCAUCAGCGUUCUGACACCCCAUGGCAAGAGUGAUGAAGGUUUUUUUUUUUUUUAAAUACAGCUAGGUUCCUCCUCCUUAUGGGCUUUAAAAAUAAAACCACAAAAUCAAAGGAGAGAAAUAAGACUGUGAUGUUCAUGAAUUAUGUUGAGAGCUGGUCAAAACUUGGAAUUUAACAAUUCUCAACCUAAUUUGGAAUUUGAAUUCUGACAUUUCAGAAUUUCCUUUUGUCUCAUAUUGGAAUGAAAAGUUGAAAUUCACUGUGAAACAAAAUAUCUGAACAAUUUUGUUUUGGAAUUAUUUAAAUGACCUUAUCAAAGGUUAAAGCACUUUGUUUCAGCUUUAUCCAUUAAUAGGUUCCCCCCUCAAAACUGUUUUCACAAUUAUACUGUAGCCUUUCAGUAAUAUACUCUUCACUUUUCUCCCGUUCAUGAGUUUAUUGUGGAACAGCCAUUAAGAACUUAUUAGCUUGAUGUUUUCCAUUGCAAAGAUUCUUCCUGACAAAAGUAAAAAAGACACUGUCCCUUCUCUUACAUGGGCUGGUUUUACUUUCUUACACUAAAAGACAGAUUGGUUCCUGAUACUAGAAGUAAUAUAGAUGUCUACAGUGCUAGUCAUCUUGUCCUCUCUCCUCCAUUUCUCAGUCAGGAACUACCAUAGUUAAAGAAGUCACAAAGAAAACUUUACAAAUUCAUUGGUUUUGUGACUGAUUUUGACUCCAUUUAAAGAAAAUGAAAUUAAUAGUUUAAUGGUAUUUCUUCCUGAACUGCUCUAUCAUUUGUGUGAUGGAAAUGGAGCUGUUCUGUAAUAAUUUAUAAAUACUGUAUAUUGACCUGGCUCUUGGAAUUUUUACUGUAUGAAUAUAUUGUUUCUGUUUAAUAGGGGACUGUAGGGAAAAGCAAGCAGGAAAGGAAAGAAUGUCUCAAGAUAAUCCACUUGCCUCUCAACUCUCAAACGUUUGCUCACAAUUUCAGGACAGGAAAAUUCUGGGAAUGCAGAAGGUCAAAAGAACUAUGGCAGAUUUAGUAAGGGUCUCUCGAUCGAAGGUGUGAGGGGUGCAGUUGUUCAGAGCAACCAGGCUGACACAGAUACCCAUUAGACUGAGUGUCUGAAGAAGUUAAGGCCUGCCUAAGUUUCCAUGAGACAAUAAUGUGCCCUUCAUUCUAAAAGCUUUGUUCCUAUUUAUAAAUAAAUAAUGCUUUGUUUUUAAGAAGCCUGUCUGCACACUGGGCAUCACUAGGUAUGGACUUCCAAAGGGAAGAACCUCAAGUGUCCAAACUCAGUUGGACCUGCAAGAUGUCCUUGGUAGAUUUGGGAAAGAAGCUUUUAGAAGCUGCACGAGCAGGUCAAGAUGAUGAAGUUCGCAUUUUGAUGGCAAAUGGAGCACCUUUUACCACAGACUGGUUGGGAACAUCACCACUUCAUUUAGCAGCACAGUACGGGCACUAUUCAACAACAGAAGUGUUACUUCGAGCUGGUGUAAGUCGGGAUGCAAGAACCAAAGUGGACAGAACUCCAUUACAUAUGGCAGCAUCUGAAGGCCAUGCUAACAUAGUAGAAGUCUUACUUAAGCAUGGUGCUGAUGUUAAUGCAAAGGACAUGCUAAAGAUGACUGCACUUCACUGGGCUACAGAACACAAUCACCAGGAGGUGGUGGAGCUCUUAAUAAAAUAUGGAGCAGACGUCCACACGCAAAGUAAAUUCUGCAAAACUGCAUUAGAUAUUGCAAUAGACAACGGAAAUGAAGAUGUAGCAGAAAUAUUACAGAUUGCAAUGCAGAACCAAAUCAAUACAAAUCCAGAGAGUCCUGACACUGUGACAAUACAUGCAGCCACACCACAGUUUAUUAUUGGACCUGGAGGCGUGGUGAACCUAACAGAUGAGACGGGAGUAUCUGCUGUACAAUUCGGAAAUUCAUCAACAUCAGUAUUAGCUACAUUAGCAGCUUUAGCAGAAGCGUCCGCUCCAUUGUCUAACUCUUCAGAAACACCAGUUGUGGCAACAGAAGAAGUAGUGACUGCAGAAUCUGUGGAUGGUGCAAUUCAGCAAGUUGUCAGUUCUGGAGGUCAACAAGUUAUUACUAUAGUUACAGAUGGCAUUCAGCUUAGUAAUCUCCAUUCAAUUCCAACCAGUGGAAUAGGUCAGCCAAUCAUUGUUACCAUGCCAGAUGGACAGCAAGUAUUAACAGUACCAGCAACAGACAUUGCUGAAGAAACUGUGAUCAGUGAAGAACCACCAAUCAAGAGGCAGUGCAUUGAGAUUGUUGAAAAUCGUGUGGAGUCUGCAGAAAUAGAAGAGAGAGAAACUCUACAGAAACAGCUGGAUGAGGCAAAUCGAGAAGCACAAAAGUAUCGACAGCAGCUUCUAAAGAAAGAGCAAGAAGCAGAAGCCUAUCGGCAGAAAUUAGAGGCAAUGACCCGUCUCCAGACUAAUAAAGAAGCUGUUUAAAUAUUGAAAUGGACAUAUUGUAAAGUCUGUUACUUUCAGUCAAGAAAACUGCAGUACAAUCUUGAACUGUACAUUCUAUAGGUACAGAAAUGGGAUUACACAAUAGCAAAGAUGCUACAGGUUGAUAACUGGACUUAAGCCAUGAGCUCUGAUGAAUUUCUUGUAACAUAAAAGCUGAAUUUAGAAAUUGUGAAAAGUAUUUAAAAUGAAAUACUGUAAAUAGUUGUUUUUUUUUACAGUUCCAAAGUGAGUUGAUAAAUCUUUUUGAAGGGAUCCAGAAACACAAGAAGCCAAUGUUUUUGUGAAAUUUUGGAUUUUAGUAUAAAUCUAAUUUCUGAAAAACAGAACAGUUUUAAGGGUGAUGUUGCAGAUUAAGAUUGACAGUUUGAAAAUGAAUUAUGUGAAAAAAAUGAAUUAAUAGUUAUUCCUACUAGGAACAACUUAGACCUCUUUUUGAAUAAGACAUUUCCUGAUGGACAUCUUUGUACAACUUUAAGUAGUUGUCUUAGAUUGUCUGAAAACCCUUGUUUUAGAAAGUGAAAAUUUUAUAUUUAAUUUCCAAUAUAUCCAAGUAGAUUUACAUGUAUAUGAAGCUAAUAUUUUUUAAACUUUUCAGUUUGUACAUAUGCUGCAUGUUUUUAUAAUUUCUAAACACAUCUUGCAUAGAUAUUUUUCAGCAAAGAUGAGGAAAAUUAUGAGAAAAAAUGUUUAGCCUAAAUCUCAUUUGAAGUAAGCUAGCAGCCAGUUUUAUUGUGAAUGGUAUAUUUCUUGGAAGAAUGUAAUUUGUAAAAAUAAAAAAAAACAACCUUAAUUUAGGUAAUACAGACGUUAUUUGAAAAUGUUGACAGUGGAGGGCAUUGAAACUUCACUUUUCUGUGUGUCUUAUAACUUUCAUGUGCAAACAUUUUUAAAGUACAGAAGUAUGAAAGACUGUCUCCACAGGAACCCACAUAGCAAUUCCUUUUAAAUAUUCUUAAAUUGUUUCCCCAAUAAUCUUCAGAUUAUCUCAAGGACACAUUUUAUAAACAGACUUUUUGCAUUUAAAUUAUGCAGCUGGACCUGAAAGUUUGAUGUUGUUUUGGUGCUCUUGUUACCUACCAUCAUUGUGCUUCACUGUGAUAAAUGUUUCUGUGCAGUGAUCUGUAUGAAUACUUAGCAUUUAUAUAGUGCUUUACAUCUUCAAAGUGUCGUAUAAUCAGUAAAGAAUUAAUCCUCACUAUGUCCCCUAUGGUAUGGACAUUAUUGUCCCCAUUUUACAAUUGGUAUAAGCAUGACACAGAGAGGUUAGGUGAUUUGCCCAAGGCCACAUAAGUCAGUGGCAGACGUGGGAUUAGAACUCAGGAGUUCCUGGCUCCUAGUCCCAUCCUUAAGUCAUGCUGCCUUAAGACUGUUCGAUGCUGUGUUACAUUCAACUUUGAACUAUUGUGCGGAUUCCUUUUUUGUAAAACAUAACUUGUCUUUUAUUCGUGCUUUGCUUUGUCUUUCUAUGUUUCACUGCUUUUAUGAUAUUGUUUAUAUAAACUUAAACAAAGUCUAGUUUACCUAUACUGUAUUCAAAGGCAUUGCCCUUAAAACUGUACUCUGGCCUACUUUUUCUAUUUUACAAUUAAAUAUCUUUUCCACAUA